AGCGAUCAGCACGUAUUGAUCAUGGACACCGUCAAUGAUGUGAUGGGCGCUCUAGGGGAAGGAGACAAUCGUGGAGGGUCCUCCUCUUACAACAAGCUGAUAUACACUGUUGUUCCUCUGCUCGUCAUCGCCAUUCCUCUGGUAUUGGCCUUCCUAUAUCUCCGCCAAAAGCAGCACCGCAUUUAUGCACCUCGAACAUUCUUGAACACUUUGGAAGAUGCAGAGAAAACACCGAAGCCUGCCUAUGGCAUGUUCAACUGGAUCUCUGCUUUCGUAAAACUCCCGGAUCAAUUCGUCUUGAACCACCAAACGCUGGACAACUACCUUUUCAUUCGCUACUUCCGUAUGCUCACAUACAUAUGUCUUGUUGGAACCAUCAUCACAUGGGUCUUCUUACUCCGCGUCAACUACAAUGGCGGAGGUGGUCAAUCUGAGCUCGACAUGUUCACCUUCAGUAACGUCUCUGAUCCUAACAAAUUCUACUGGCACGCUGGCUGCGCGUGGGUCUUUCUCAGUUUUGUCAUGUUUGUCAUCACCAGGGAAACUCUCUACUACAUCAACCUCCGACAAGCAUAUCUCACUACUCCUCGUAAUGCCACUCGUAUCUCCACCCGCGUUGUGCUAUUCACAGGUGUACCGGAAGACAUGCGUCACGAGAGAUGGAUCAAGGCCGACUUCUUUGGUGUCAAGCGUGUUUGGCUGGCCACAGAUUGUACCGAGCUCGAAAGUCUCGUGAGCACUAUGAAUGACACUGCCAUUUCCUUGGAAGAGUCAGAAAUCAAACUGUCUACAAUCGCUACCAAGAAGCAUCUUAAAGGAGAAAAGCAUUUCGCUGAUGAUCCCGAGAGAGCCGGUACUGCCACUCAACAAUGGAUCGCGCCGAAGGAAAGACCAUCGAAGCGCAUCGCACUGGUCGGCAGAAAGCAGGAUGCUAUUGAUAUGUAUCGCGAGCAGUUGAAAACCACAAUGCCGAAGGUCGAAGCUCUCCAGAAACGCCAUAUUCAAGGCUACGAGAAGCUUUUACCGGCAGCUUUUGUCGAGUUCGAGACACAACGUGCUGCACAACUUGCCUAUUCUGAUCCCUUCUGGAGACAGCCAGGAAAGAUGGAAGCAGCAUGUAUUGGUCUCGCAAGCCCGAACGAGAUCAUUUGGCCCAACUUGGCAAUGGGAAAGCCUGAACGCUGGACUCGUACAAUUAUCGCCAAUACCAUCGUUGUUCUGCUCAUCGUGUUCUGGUCCGUCCCAGUUGGUCUUGUUGGCUCGCUUGCCGAUAUCGAAAACCUUGCACAAAAUUUCCCUCCACUUGGCUUCGUCAAUAAAUUGCCUUCUUCGACCAAGGGCGCUAUCAGCGGUCUUCUUCCUACAAUUCUAAUCUCUGCCAUUCUGGCUCUCGUACCAAUCAUCUGUCGCUUCAUCGCAAGAAAAGCUGGAUCCAUAACGCUAGCACAAGUCGAACUCCGUACACAGGGAUGGUACUUUGCCUUCCAAGUUGUACAGGUCUUCCUCAUUACCACGUUCUCUUCGGGAGCUUCGAAGGUUGCUAAAGAAAUUUGGGACGACCCUGCUCAGACUCCUAAACUCCUUGCUGACAACUUACCUACCGCUUCCACUUUCUAUCUCUCGUUCUUCAUCCUUCAAGGUAUUGCAGUCACGGCAUCAACGAUCUUCCAGAUAGCGCCUUUCCUCAUCUUCAACAUUGUGUCGCCCUUCUUGGAUACGACACCUCGUAGAAAGUUCGAGCGUUUCGUUACCCUUACAGGACUCAGCUGGGGUGAUACAUACCCUAAGUUCACACUGUUUGCUGUCAUUGCAAUCUCUUACUCUUGCAUCGCUCCCCUUGUCCUUGGCUUCGCGAUGCUCGGCAUCUACUUCCUUUACUUGGCGUUCCGAUACAACGUCUUUUACGUCUUGACAAUGGCAGUAGACACCAAAGGAGAUGCAUACGGCCGCGCUCUGCAGCAUCUUAGUGUCGGCAUCUACCUUGCCGAGAUCUGCUUGAUCGGACUGAUGACUGCUCAAGGUGGCGAGGGUCCAGCCAAGUUGAUGUUGAUCCUCCUCAUCCUCACCGUCAUCUACCAAACCUACCUCAACAUGAUCCUGGCUCCUCUCACCAAUACACUGUCAGACGAACUCAUGGCCGAGAACGAAGAAGAAGCACUAGCUCAUGCCAACGAUCAAGGCGCAACAGUUCCGAUCGACGUAGACGGCGAUGGCGUACAACCUAAACAAGCAGGCCCUUACUUUGAAAACAAAACCGCCAAUGCCGUCGCUGCACACUUCAAACGUGGAGGUCUGUUCGCCCCAUUCCUCUUCAAUGGCUCCAAGAGCAAGUAUCCUGCUCUCCGCCGCCAGCUUUGGGAUGCUUUCCCAGGUCAACCCGCACCCGAGAUUCCUGAAGAGACAUUGAAGCAUGCUUACCAUCACCCUGCCAUCACUGCCAAGCCUCCCACUCUCUGGAUCGUGAGAGAUGAACUCGGUGUCUCGGCACAAGAGAUCAAGGAGACGAAGAAGGUGAUUGAAAUCUCGGAUGAGGGUGCUCGCUUCAACGAAAAGGGCAAGAUUGAGUGGGAUGAGGAUGAUCUGAGACAGGCUCCUAUUUGGAAGCCUAGAGUCGAGUAUUGAGACUGCAGAUGAGGAAGGACGAAUGGGAUGGCGGUAUGGUUAUGAGGAUAACGAGAAUGAGUGUUACAGUAUCAUGAUGAUAUGAUAAUGAGUAUAGC